AUGAGCAAAUCAACUCCCUUGGGUUCGAUCAUCCUCAGUUUGCAGACAAUCCCCACCGAGCUCGCUCAUCAGAUAAUCGAUGAUCUACGAGUAUGGGACGUUCUCAAACUACUCUGCUAUCAAAAUGACCGGGUGGACGAAUGCAUCAUCUCGCAUCCUAUCUGCCGCAUCAUGAUCGGGUCCGACGACCAGAGCAUUUCGACGAUCAGGUUCGCCGCUACAUUCUACAGAGACUUCUUUGCAAAAUUGGGAAAAAGGCUUGUGCCAGAUGACUCCAUCUUGGGUCUAAACAUACACUACCCAAAGGAAUGGAAAUCAGAUCAAAUCUUGAACGUCAUGUAUGGAAGCAUUCUCGGUGAGAUGAAGGACCAUGUGAGAAUAAUUGAUUCGACCCGUUUCGGCGCAUCCGUCAGCAGUUUCGUCGGGGAUUGGCGCCUUCCGCAAACCAAAUACACUCUUGAGGUUAUGAAAAAAGAAUGGGACGAUAUCCAAGCUGCCAAAGCUACUCUUUUCGGACAGAUGGCCUCGGAGCUGCGUUGGGCAGCAGACAUCUUAGAGGCAAAUCCGGAUAUACUCAAACGCACUCUGGAUCCAGCGCAAGAACGACGACCUAACACGGCACACAUCGUGUCGCGGAUGAGACAGGACGCGGCGAAGAUCGUGCGGUCUCCGAGGGAAAAGUUCGUUUUUAAUGAGCACUUUUCGCUUGUAUUCAUGCCAGUCAUUCCCUUUGACUCUACAUUGAACGAGAUGCUAUGCUCGAUGCAAAGCCAGGGUAUAGUUACGAACAAUCAAGUCGUCACAGAUAGCCUUCCACCUUCUGUUGCGAAGUUGGUCCACAUCGUCAUCCGCGGGAUGCCUCGGUUUUAUAUGUCGUCUGAUGAGAUCGAGCACCUGUCCCAAAUGAAACCGAGCCCAAUCACAAACGAGAAAGGGGAGGUCCUCCGAACAGGAAAUACACUGUGGUCUGAGCAACCAAAGACUCCGGUUUCCAUUGAUGGGUCCUUUUUCACCCCAUUCAAAACUGGCAGUGCCUACCAGUUCAGACGACCACCGUACUUUUACUUGGACUCGCAUAGUGAGACAGAGAAAGAAUGGCUUGAGUCUUUUGUGGAGUUAUAUCGAUACUUGAAGGGAUUGGGGAGAUAG